AUGCUUCAUCUUUGUGAUAAUACCUCCAACAGUGGAUCCAGUAAGUCACUGGAGGCUUAUGAAAUCGCAAGCAUGACCACACAGGUGGCCUUAUACGAUCCGGUUGUUGCGGCAAUUAGGAUAUGCCACCGACUGGGCUUUGGUGGUGCCCUUGCGCAAAUCACAACGCAGACAGUUGUUGUACUUCAUGAGGAGCUCCUCUCCGCGGCAGUGACCUUCCAACCGAGUCAAACCUCUGAAGGUAUUGUUAAUAGGUACCUCAAUAAGAUCAUUGGAGGCUUGAAGAAAAGCCCUUUCUCGUUCAAAAGCCGACCGUCAGAGGAGCACUUGAGUUUGCCUAAUGACUAUCAUGAGGUCAAAUCGAUAAUGAUCCUGUUUCUCGACCUGAUGGAUCAACAUGGCAACAAAAUAAAGGAAGAGGCCGACCAGGCUUCUGCAUCCACUAUUGAGCAGGGCCCUACAGCAUCGCCGCUUUCUGAAUCUAAUAGCCAGGUCACUGAUGCUCCAUUGCUUAGAUUGGCUCGCAAAGAUGCGCAGCUAUUAGCAAAUCUUGCUACCUACGGCAUUAGUGACUUACCACUGGUCUUUCCUUCGAAGGACUACAUGGCGGAGUGUAUUGAUAAAUGGAUGAAAAUGAAUCAAUCAUCAUCCUUCCCCGGAUCGUUUACCUCAAAAGAUUCGCUACUAUCCAAAACGCCAUCCUUGGAGCUCCUUUACUUCGCAACGACGAAUGCGUACGUUGAGGUACUGCGAUUCAAGAUCUCGGGUCACUAUAAAGGCUGGGUAUUGCGGGACGAAAGCGGACAUUAUAUGUAUCUACGAAGCAUGCCCGGCAACAAUGACUCUAGGCGUCGUUUCGUAGGCUGGAAGGGUGGCCACAAAGGUUUCACCAACAAAGCUAUUGCCGACACUCAGAAAAAUAACGAAGCGAUGCAGGAUCGUAGCCUAACGGCCAAGCAAGACGCCUCAAAGAAUAUCAAGACUGAGACAGACGCUUUGAAUGGGUUUUCCCACGGCCGGAAUCAUUUUCAGGAGAUUGACGAAGAGCUUUAUGAAGCAAAUUCAAAAGCAAGUCUUCGGUCGACUGAAGGUCAAGACAGCUCACUACAGCCUACGGUCCCAACAAGGAGAUGCGCACGUCUAGCUUCAAAACGUUUCAAUUAUCGAGUGGGGUUAGUAGAGCAGAGAACUAAACGCAAGGGCGAGGAUGAGCACAAAUACUCAUCACAGGCGAAGAAGCUUCGUUUUGCCACAGAUUCGACCCCCUCACCAUCAGAAUUCCCUCAUGGAUUGCUGAGUCCGCCAAUCUCUCCGGCCAAGAAGCAAGCAGACAUUGAAAUUUUCUUCUUCACCGCUCGAGAAGAACUUGGAGCGGUGCCCGCGUCUUUCCGCCAAUGCAGUACGCUCAAGGGGUUCUUCGAUCGUGCACUCCAAGCCUUCGUUAUGUCGGCACCAAGAUCCAAGGAAGCUGACCUGAUGGCCAUCAAUGCGCUGAUCGACGGUAUUGACUGGCCCCUUAUCAUACCUUGGAGACACAAACCAGAAUUUGAGACUAUGAAAACUAAGCUCAAUGAGAUCAGCUGGGUCAGUGAUACGACUGUCAACGUUAAAGUCGGCUGCAUCUUGAAGACAUAA